AUGGCGGCGGCGCUCAUGGACAGCGAGCUCGGGAGCCUCUUAAAGGUCUCGGCGGCGGUGUGGGCGGCUAUGUCCUACGUCCGCGUGGCAUCCGCGUUCAUUCGCCCAGGCGCGGCUCGCCUCGGUGCGCUACUGCCCGUUGUUGCGCUCUUCUAUGCGAUCCCCUUCGCCUUCUCCACCACCACGUUCCGGGGCAUCUCAGCCUUCUUCCUCUGCUGGCUCGGAACCUUCAAGCUCCUCCUCCUCGCCGCUGGCCGCGGUCCCCUGGACCCAUUCCUCUCACUCCCCCACUUCGUCUUCUCCGCCUCCCUGCCCGUCAAGUUCCAGCAGCCCGCCUCCUCCUCCAAAGCAAAGAAACAAGAUCCCACUUCGGCCCAUAGUCGAUACGGCCUCGGCAAGGUGCUCAUCUCCGGCACCGUUAUCCCCUUCAUCGUCUACGCGUUUCAGUUCAAACAUGCGAUGAACCAGUGGCAGCUCCUCCUCAUGUACACCGUAUGCAUCUGCUUGUCCCUGGAGCUCGUCCUGGCCUCGGUCCGCACGCUCAUCCACGGCGUGCUGGGGAUGGAGAUGGAGCCACAGGUGGACCGUCCGUACCUGGCGUCGUCGCUGGGAGAUUUCUGGGGAAGGCGGUGGAACCUCAUGGUACCUGCCAUCCUCCGGCCGUCGGUGUACGGCCCGGUGCGCGCGCGCUUCGGUGUGGCGGCUGGCGUCCUGGUGUCGUUCCUCGUCUCCGGGCUCAUGCACGAGGUGAUCUUCUACUACAUGAUGUGGCAGCCACCCAGUGGCGAUGUGACCGCGUUCUUCGUUCUGCAUGGGGCGUGCACCGCGGCGGAGGGGUGGUGGGCGCGGCAUGCCGGGUGGUGGCGCCCGCCGCGGGUGGUGGCGGUGCCGCUCACGCUGGCGUUCGUGGGUGGUACCGGCUUCUGGAUGUUCUUCCCAGUCAUGAUUAGGGGCGGCCUGGACGAGCUUGUGCUGCACGAGUGGCAGGGCUUUGUGGUGCUCAUGGAGGAGGCCGGACGUUGGCUCGCCGGCGCCAACGGUCAAACUGUUUCGAGCCUCCGCUGACCAAUUGAUACAGAUCUGCUGUCGGGAGGGGUGA